UUCAACAGAAUCCCCCAAACUCUCUCAAAACCCUAAUCCAUCUCCAAUGGCAAACCCUAACCCUAACUCCAAUCCCCCAAUCACCAUCGCAUCCGCCAUCUACAAGCUCCAGCUCCACCUCUUCAACACCCCAUCAACCCCCUUCGACCUCCUCAUCGCCGCCUCCACUCUCCUUUCAAAGCCCGACUACGACGACAUCGUCACCGAGCGCACAAUCUCCGACCUCUUCUCGUCCGACCGCCGGCGGAAGGGUCGAUACCGCAUCGCGCUCAGCGAGCACAAGGUCUACGAUCUCCAAGAGAUUUACAAUUACUGCUGCGAGGAGUGCUUGAUUGGGAGCAGGGCAUUUAAGGGGAGCUUGGGUGAUGAGAGGAGGGCUGAUGUUGAUGUUAGGAGAGAGAAGGUCGAGGAUGUUUUGAGAUUGUUUGGGUGUUUUGAUGGGGAUGAAGAUGAGGAGGAGGUGAGGAGAGGUGAGAGGUUGGGGAAGUUGAAGCUGGAGAUUAAGGAGAAGGAGAGGGCUGUGGACGGUGAUUUGAAGUUGGGUGAGUGGAUUGGGCCACCCAAUGCGAUCGAGGGUUAUAUUCCUCAUCUUGAUCGAGGUUCUAACAUUCCAUCCAAGUCAGAAACUGCACAAGAGACGGGUAGUGCUAGCAGCACUGAAGUGGACCAUAUGACUCCAAGUCUUAGAGAUGAAUGUGAUGGUGAUCCUUCGAAGCGUUCUUCUGCCAUGAUAAAUGAUGUUCCAGAGACAACUGCGAAGAAGUUGGAAGAUAUGAUUAUUACAGAGAAGAAAAAUACAAGCAAACAGUCAUUGGAGUCAUUAAAGCUUAAAUUUCAAACAAAUGUGGCUGCUCACAAUAUUGGCAAAGUGGAUAAUGGUGAUAUGGGUUUCACAAGUAGUAUCAUUGUUGGCAAUGAUUUUGAUGCAGCUCUUUCAAAAAGCUGUGUUGUUUCUACCCAAGAUGCUUCAGAACUAAUAGCUAAACAAUUGGAGGAGGUUGUUCUUGCUGAGAAGAAAAAGAAAAAAGUUAAAAAAUCAAAAUCAUCAAGUUCCAAUGCAAGAAAAAUUGCAAGUGGUAGGAAGAAUGACAAAAUAGAUUUUCAGAGCACCAUAAUCACUGGGGAUUUAGUUAAUGUUACUUCCGGGACUUCAUCUACAUCAUCCCUUGAUAGUUCAUCUAAAGAUUCGGUAAAUGUUCAUGUCAAGAAUAAGACAGAGCCACUAGGCUAUGGUGAAUCAGAUGAUGUAAUGUUAUCUGGAGGAGUUAGCAUGGAAAAGAAACAUGUAUCGCAGGAAAACGAACUGAAAUCCUCUUUGAAGACUUCAAGAUCAAAAGGAGGAAAUCGGUCUGUCAAAUGGGCUGAUGAGGUAAUUCUUGAAGUGUUGGAAGAUAAAAAGGACACACCACAAGUCAUGCGGGAGGAAGAUCUAGAUAGUUCCUUAAGACUUGCAUCAGCUGAAGCUUGUGCUGCUGCACUAUCUCAUGCAGCAAGCGCUGCUGCAUCAGGUGAUGUUGAUGCUGGUGAUGCAGUCUCGGAAGCUGGGAUUGUAAUAUUGCCCCAACCACAGUACUGUGAAGACCGGGAGUCCGAGGCAGAUGAGGAAGCAUGUGAAUUUGAUCAGGGGGUUCUGAAGUGGCCUACAAAGACAGUACUUUUAGACACUGACGUGUUUGAAGUUGAAGACUCUUGGCAUGACACACCACCUGAGGGUUUUAGUUUAACUUUAUCACCAUUUGCGACAAUGUGGAUGGCACUGUUUGGAUGGAUAACAUGUUCUUCUUUAUGCUACAUAUAUGGACAUGAUGAAAUUUCACAUGAAGACUUUUUGUUUGUGAAUGGGAGGGAAUACCCACGAAAAACUUUCCUUAGAGAUGGAAAAUCAUCUGAAAUCAGGCUAGCUCUAGAUGGUUUCAUAUGCCGCGCAUUGCCUGGGCUUGUUAUGGAUCUAAAAUUGCCAACACCAGUCUCAACACUGGAGAAAUUUUUGGCUCGCUUGCUCGACACAAUGUCAUUUGUAGAUGCACUACCGUCCUUCAGAAUGAAGCAAUGGCAAGUGAUUGUUCUUUUGUUUAUUGAAGCCCUUUCUGUGCAUAGACUUCCUUCUCUUGCUCCUCAGAUGACAAGCAGAAAUUUGCUGCUACACACGGUUCUGAAUGCCGCUCGGGUGAGCAUUGAAGAGUAUGAAACCAUGAGAGAUCUUAUGAUGCCACUAGGCCGCUUGCCUCAAUUCUCUAUGCAGAGUGGUGGUUAACUGCAAUUUUGCAUUGACGAUAUGAUCGUACUUCACAUCUCCAUCACUCACAGUAAGAGAACUCCAAAAAGACACCUCCAUCACUCUGUAAGAGAAUUCCAAAAUGUCGAGGUGAGUCGUCAAAUACGCCUGUAGUAGUGGAAGUCUUUUUAAGUACUGGAGUUGUGGAGAGAACUGGCACUUAUGCAACAUGGUGAACGACACUUGUAUGUCCUAUUUGUAUUUUGCAAAUGGGUUUGAAAUCUUCAAAUGUAGCUUGCUUAGUUAAACUUUGGCAUGUGUAUAGAGAAGACAUCAGCAUUUGUUUAUAGAGAAGGACCAGAGUGGAAAUUUUUA